AUGGCUUCUACCGUAUCAAACGUGGCCAGCUCUCGGCCCGAAAAGGACCGCGGUCCUCACCCCACGAUCAUCUCCAGUGUUGUCUUCGGCCUAUAUCGUCGCAGUCGGGAGGAGCUUCCACCGAGCACUGCGUUACAGCUUUCUGAAGUCUCAUACACCGAACUCUUAGAAUGGUUCCGCUCUGAACGCAUGGCCUUUCUCCCUGGCCAAGCCAGUACGCAGGAUAACAUACUGAAAUGGGCGUAUGUCUUUGUCGAAAGGCUGCACGCUUACAACGAGACCAUCGAGCACAUUUCAAGAGACAGCUACUUAGCUGCUGACCUUGCUUAUGGCUAUUGUGGACUGAUUCUGGAGCUCGGAAGGGAGAGCGAAAGCGCCCAAAGUAUCGCAUUAAACUUCUUUUAUUCCCAGUCAACGCAGCUGGAGACCCUUGGACGUGCAGCGAAUUUGUAUGGUAACGCUGAGAUCAACGAGGGCCUCGUACUCGUGAUGGCAGAUCUGGUGACCCUUGUCGCCGCUGUUUCGACCCACUUCUAUCAGGCCAUCUUGGGCAUGUCCUCUGAACGUAUCUCGCUCAAUAUUCAAGAUACAUUCUCGGGUCAAAUACGUAGUUUUCGAAAUCGCUGCGAGGGAGUCAAAAUGGCCAUGUCGAAGCACCAGUUAUUGGAAGCCAAUGGGGGCAUCAAAGGAGUUGAGAGCAUUGUUGAGAUUCCAUACUGGCUGGCACCCGAUGAUGAGGUUGUUGCUACUCUAAACGAGUCGGGAUCCUGUAUCCCUGGCGAACGGGGGGAAUGGACCUGCCGCUGGAUAUACAGCCCCUUGACCAGAUGGCGGAAAGGCGAGGGAAGAUUAUUACAUAUCACUGGCCGCAGUGGCUCGGGAAAGAGUGUCUUAAGCUCGGCCGUGCUCGAUAAAUUCAAAGAUGCUCGUCGUGUCACUUUCACCACCCUCUUUGUUCCGAUCAGCACCAAAAUCUCUGCACAGACCACGAUUAGUUCCAUUGCCCGAAGUAUACUGUCUCAAUUGUACACCAAGUAUCCUGGCAAUAUCCAGAUCUUGCGAACGCUCAUCGAGUCCCUCGAUCGCAGUAGGCGCGUCAUAGACGGGACUGAAUAUGACGAUCUUUUGUGGGAUACAGUGACAAAGGCAAUCGCAUCUAUUGAGUCGAAUUCCAACCCACUAGUUAUCGUUGUGGAUGGUACUGAAGAGGCUUCAUGUGACGAGGCAACCUUGCUGGGGAGGCUUGUUUCCAUAAUCCCAUCAUCGCCGUCGAAUGUGAAACUGGUUACCACCAGCAUACAGAAGCCACCGGUAGCAGAUGACCAGGAAAUUAUAGAAAUGUCAAUAGAUGAGACCUUUGAUGAUAUCGAAAGGGUUGUUCGGAGCAGACUGCAGAUUGCAAAGCCGUUCCAUCAGCUUUCUGAAACAGAACAGGACUCUAUCGCCACAAGGAUUGCCGAAGCUUCAAAUGGCUCUUUUCUCUGGGCCAUUAUGGCCUCUGAGCACACUCGUGUCCAGGGAAAUCCCGACCAACUCCGUCAGGCUAUUGAUGCGCUUAUAAGUGAUAAGCCAAGCAUUAUCGACCUGGUUUUUUUUGCUGUGCAAAUGCCCUUUGUCACAAUCGACGCUAAGUGGAUCCUUCUAUGGAUAGCUAUCUCCCAGCGCCCCUUGCACAUGAAAGAGUUGAUUUCCCUGGUCUCUGUGGAUCUUGAAAAGCAAACAAUCCGUGAUGAAAAAGUGGACGUCUCGAAUACCCUAACGACUGUUAACAGCUUGGUCUACCUGAAGGAUGACUUGGUUAUUCUUCGUCAUUCAAUGAUCCGAGAUGCAGUCAUGCACCUAUUCUCUCAAGGCCACUUAGUCCCAACCAAAGAUCCACAUGGAGACUUGGUGGCUAGGCUCUUGGUAUAUCUCAAAGCUUUUAUCGGGGAACCGGGCGAGCCAGACCUUGAACCACUCAAGCGCGAUACGGCAUUGUGGGUUCAGAAAUCGCCGGUCCUUGAUUACGCGCUCCGAUAUUGGCCGUUCCAUCUCAGGAACAUGUCUUCCUACCAGGGAAAUGACAUCACCGGUGUCUUGAAAGACAUCGUCGAUGUACUGCCGAUCUCUACAACUUCCAUAAAACUCCAGGACGCCAUCUGGGCCAGGUUACCGGCCCCCGAGUCACUGUGCUAUCGGGAAACCAUGACCAAACUUUACCGCAACGCCUUCGGUGUCAAUCAUUUGGCCACAGUUCAAUGUUUGAUCGUCUUGGCAACGCAAUAUCGAGAUGUCGGUCACUUCGACAAAGCCAUCCCGCUCUUUAAUGAAGCGUUAGAUAGUUGUACGGGCGUGUUGACUGCCGGUCAUCCUUUAACAUCGCAGCUGAGUCUUCUAGUCUCGGAUUUGACUAAAGGUCAAGAUCUGAGUUGA